AGCGAAUUAAAAUAGUCGCUUUCCCUUUAAAAUUGCGUUAUAGCAUCAUUUUUGGUAAUAAAAAACUUUUGAGGAACAAACGAAUUGAAAUAUAAAUAUAUUUAGCAUCAACACACCUGCAAGUAGACGAUAGGAGAGCGCUGCAUUAUUAUAACUCCCGAGAGGUGAUGCCAGGCGUGCAAUCCCAGGGUACCAUUGCCGGAUCACGUUCGAAUGACAGAGCGGCCAUCAGCUCCGCACAACCAGCUGCUGCUAUGAGCAAAAUGACGGGAGUGGAACAUUUAAAGACCAAGGAUUUCUGGAGGGCCGUAGGUGCAGAAUUCCUGGCCAUGCUCCUGUUUGUGUUUCUCGGUGUGGGCUCCACCAUCAAUUGGUCAGCAUUGACCAACAGUACGACAAGUACACCUGUCCCCAAGGUCCUCAUUUCGCUGUGCUUUGGCUUAUCCAUUGCCACCUUGGUGCAAUGCUUUGGCCACAUUAGUGGCGGACACAUCAAUCCGGCUGUCACGGCGGCGAUGCUCGUGACCAAGAAAGUGACUAUAGUAAAGGCACUGUUCUACUUGGUGGCACAGUUAGUGGGCGCAAUGGCAGGUGCCGGGAUCGUGCGCCUCGUCACACCCUCCAACCUCACGAAUAAUAUGGGCAUCUCUGCGGUGAAUGCAGAGGUGGGGGUGGGAAAGGGCUUACUGGUGGAGCUGCUCUUAACGUUCCAGCUGGUCUUCACCAUUUUUGCCACAUGCGACUCCAAACGCACUGACCUCGGCGGAUCGGCUUCCUUGGCCAUUGGGCUGUCCGUAACGAUUGGUCACCUAUUUGGGAUUCCUUACACAGGAGCCAGCAUGAACCCUGCUCGUUCCUUCGGCCCAGCAGUAGUCAUGGCGAAUUUUACGGAUCACUGGGUUUACUGGGUGGGGCCCAUGCUGGGUGGUGUGCUCGCGGCUCUCCUGUAUGAUUUCCUGUUCUGCCCGGCCUGUGGCAAGCCAAGUCCAGGACAGGUGAUUCCUAAGGACCAAACGAUUAACUACAAGGAGGUGGACAAGGACGGGCCAGGCUCCAUGCAGCCAGUCAAAAGGAAGAAGAGGACCGAUCGGAAAGACCCACCGCCAACGAGAGAGGUGCUGUCCACUGUAUGAUGAGCAGAUUCCGAAUGAGAAUGGAGAGUAAGCUACAAGACAGAAUGACAACAGUUUUUGGCUUUCAUCUUGAGUCCCCCAACCCUACACUUCCCAUGCCUUCAGAUAAUUCAUCCUUGAAUGCGUUUUCAGCCGAAGAGGGUUUGUGCACUGAACAAUUUCGAUGUCAAGUUGCCAUAUAGCUUUGCUAGAA